AUGGAGGGGCCGCAGUGCCGGGCGGGGAGAGAGUGCUCUCGCCCCGCGGGCACGAGCGCGGGCACGAGCGCGAGCCCGAACGCCAGGACGAACGCGAGCACGCCCGCCGUGGCCCCGCCCCUCGUCUGGGCCCCGCCCCCUCGCUGCUGCCGGCGGGAUAAAGCGGGACUCCACGCCCGCCGCUCCCCGCGGGCUCGUGGCCGCCCACCCAGCCCGGAGGUUCCCCCCGCCAGACGUCCCUCGUCCCCCGCACGCCCGGGGCUGCGUCUCCGGAGACCCCACGGCCUGGUCCGGAGGCGUGUCUGGAACUCGGAGCAGGCGGGACGCUCGCCGGCGUCGCAGAGCCUGGGGUUCGAAACUCAGCUCCGGCAGUCUCUCCGCGACCUCGGACGACCGGCCUCGGAGCCUCAGUUUCCCCGCCAGGGCGAGCACCCCGGAGGCGGAGGUUGCCAGUGUGGCCUGGGACCCGCAGCAUCACCUGGCGGCUCGUUGGAAGCGCGCUUUCUCCCGCUCACCCGGACCUGCAGCCCAGCAACUUGGGUUCGCGCGAGGCUGAGUCCCAAGCAUGUUUCUGUUUAUGCUUUCAAACGUGCCCCUUUACUUUCAGCCAAAUGGGAUGAUUUCACAGCUCUGUGCACUCUGAUUUUUCAUGAAUUAAUGUCUGAUGCGUUAACAUACAAUGGCUUGUAGUGCAUAAUACAAUAUAAUCACAAUAAA